AUGCACGUGCACGAACUGUGUUCAUUUCUUACUGUACUUCGCCAUUUGCUGGUCAAUUCUGCAUUUGGGAUUAUGCAAAAAAAGAAGCACGAGAGCCUGGAACGACUCUGGUGGAAGCUUUUCCUUCCGAAUCGAUUGCUGGCAGCAAUUCCACCACGUCCUAUUUUACGUUAUCAAAACACACAAUUCCCAUUGGAAACAUUAUCUUCUGGUCACCCUUAA